CCUAAACCCACGCCAUAAGUUAGCUUACACAACACAAAAAAAAAACUGAAACUAAAACCAAAUUCUCUCAAUCGAUCUAAACCCUUAAUAUUCUAGCCAACUUUGAGAUCAUCAUGGCGAUGAAUCUUCUUUACAACCAGAUAAUCAUGAAUUACGAAUGCGAGGCAUGGCUCGUCGAAGAUGCUGACCGAGACGUAGACCCAUCUUUUUUACCAGAUGAACCGCAAGUCUUCAUCCAAAUACAUUCCCAAACCACACCAAACGAUGAUGAUUCAAUCUGGAAAAUUUUUAUUUUGACAAGAGAUUAUGUUUUGAAUAACUCAAGUUCUUGGUCUACGAUCGUAUAUUUUUUUAAUGAGAUGAAAAUACCCUUCUAUUUUCAUGCCUCGUUAUUGCAAAAAAUUAACGAGAGUGCCAAAGAAUGUCAAGACUUGAACCACAAGUUAACUCAAAUAAAUGUGGGGCUUUGUACUUUAUAUGAUGAAGAUUAUGAUGCUUUUUCGGAGUCUUUUAAUUCGCAGAGAUUGAUGUUUGUUGGUGCAAGCAAGUCCGCGAUUGAAGCAUUGGAGAAGGUUAAGAUUGAAAAGAAAUUGACGAAAUUAUGUGUGAUUUGCUUCGAGGAUUUUCCGAUUGGAAGUGAAGCUACGUGCAUGCCUUGUAAGCAUAUUUAUCAUCAGAAUUGCAUAUCAAAUUGGUUAGAGAAUAGUAAUUGUUGCCCACUUUGUAGAUCUCAAGUUCCUCCUAUUUGAUCGAGUCUGGUUAGAUCUUCUAAUUAUAGAAAAAUGUUUUUAAAUUUUUUAGAAUUAUGUUUAAGACUCAA